AUGGGUAUUCUUAUACCGGUAUUCAUCGUCAUAUUUUCAUCGACCUUCUUCUACUUCCUCAUCAAACAUUUGCUAAUUCGCAAUUCUUUAAAGAAUGUCAGUCAACCAAGAUCAUAUCCAAUAAUUGGGCACGCGCUUAUAACGAAGCCCGAUCCUGAAGGAUUCGUGAAUCAGGUCAUCGGAAUGGGCCAUCUGUUUCCCAACGAUCCGCGAAUGUGCCUUCUUUGGCUUGGCCCGUUUCCAUGCCUAAUGCUUUACUCGGCCGAUGUCGUUGAGCCGAUUCUUGCAUCGAGCAAACACCUCAAUAAGGGAUUCGCGUAUAAGCUAUUGGAGCCGUGGCUUGGCUUGAGUAUUCUCACGAGCGGAAAAGAGCAAUGGCGACCGAAACGAAAAUUGUUGACGCCGACGUUCCAUUAUGACAUUCUGAAGGAUUUUCUUCCGAUUUUCAACGAACAAUCAAAAAUUUUGACCGACAAAAUGGAGCGCCAUCCGAAAAACAAACCGUUAGAUGUUCUAUCAACCGUCACACUGUGCACGUUGGACAUCAUUUGCGAGACCUCGAUGGGAAAGUCGAUCAACGCGCAAACUUCCGAAUUGGACAACGAGUAUGUCUGGGCAGUUCACACGAUAAACCAGCUGAUACAAAAGCGGACCAAAAAUCCAUUGCUAUGGAACGAAAAUAUUUACAAUUUGACCCAAGAUGGAAAAACCCAUCAGAAAUGCCUCAACAUUCUGCAUUCGUUUACAAAAAAUGUAAUUGAAGAAAGAGCGAAAGCGCUCGUCGAAAUGGACUACAAGCUUGAUGGUCGUCGCGCGUUUCUCGACUUGCUUCUAGACAUGGCGCACAGCGGACAAAUGGAUCGCGAGGACAUUCAAGCCGAGGUGGACACGUUUAUGUUUGAAGGGCACGACACAACGUCGACUGGACUCAUGUGGGCGCUUCACUUGAUUGGCAAUCAUCCGAAUGUGAUGAAAAAAAUUCAGGCGGAAAUUGACGAAGUGGUUGGUGGCGAUGACGACGUGACGCCCGAGCAUCUCGCUCGUCUGAAAUACCUUGAAUGCGUUUUGAAAGAAUCGCUACGCAUUCGCCCGUCGGUGCCAUUGAUUAUGCGCGAGUUGAGCAGCGACCAAAUGAUUGGCGGCUUCAACAUUCCCAAAGGCACAACGCUUCUCAUCAAUCAAUAUCUUGUCCAUCGCGAUCCGAACCAAUGGAAAGAUCCGGAGGUGUUCGAUCCGGAACGAUUUUUGCCGGAAAACUCGGCGGGACGCAAACCGUUUGCGUUUAUUCCGUUUUCGGCGGGUGGACGAAACUGCAUUGGGCAGCGAUUUGCACUUCUUGAGGAGAAAGUCGUCAUGGUCCAUAUUUUGAGAAAGUUCGACAUCACCUCAUUGGAAACAAUGCAUGAGGUUCGACCGAAAAUGGAAAUUAUAAUGCGUCCAAUCAAUCCGGUUCAUAUUAAAGUGAGCAGGCGACGCAUUGCAUCAUCGUGUUGA